AUGACUUUUUCAACAAAAUCCUCAUUAUGGAAUGAUAUUGAAUUAAAAGGUAUUUUAUCAUAUAAAACAAUAUCAUCACUUCAAUCACCAAAUAAAACAAAUGUAUCAAGAAAAUUAUUUCAAUCGAAUACAACAGAUCAAUUAAUAAAUAAAUUGACAAUAAAUCGAAGUAAAUCAGAUGGAAUUGUUGAAAAUAAUGAUAAAAAACAUAUUAAAUGA